GCACAAACGUGUCCUUUAAGAGUGUUUCUGAACAGUGUCGAGCAGGAAUGUCAAACAACGUUUGGCUGUUGAUAAUUGUGUACGUGUGUGUGCAUUUGGGUUCCUGGGUCCCAUCUUGUUGUACCCCCUUUUCUGUGUAGAUGUGCAACCCUUUCUUUUCUGUGUGUGUAGAUCAGAUGUUUGGCUCAAGCUGCUUCGGGUCCCUGCUUUCAGCCUCAGUCCCUUGCUGGCAUGGGCUCGCUGAAAGAGCAGAUUGAGGCAAAGACGAACGAGAUAAGGAUGUUGGGCACCGAACUUGAAAGCGAGAUAUCCAGAGGUAUGCCAUUUCGCGACGACAUGGACAAAGCUGCACAGGAGUUUGAUCCUGAAGACCAGGCCGAGAUCCUGCGCCUUGCCAAGAAGCCGGAGGAGUUAGUGAAAGUGAUGUCCUGUGUGGUCUUUGUGCUCUACGACUUGAAGAGUCACGAUAGCAUGGCUUGGGUCUCGAAGGCCCUGAGUCCCAAUUUCAUCUUUGAUCUAAGAAACUUUGAUCCUGAUUCCUUGAGUGAAGAGAGACUUCAACGAUUGGAUGAGCACUGCAUUGAUCCGUCGAUGACCCUGGACAAGAUGGACUCGUGGCGUGUCCCAAAAAUUACCAAGGCCGUCAAUCGCUGGCUGUCAGCACUGCGAGGCUACGCUAAAAUUGCAGCAGACGUCAAACCCAGAAUGCAACAGUUUCAGAGGCUACAGCAGGAUCUGCAUGAUUUGAUGAACCUGGAGGUUGGCUGAGAGACUGUUGCCUUUGGCAAUCGGGACCACUCUGCAGGUCUUGGAGGGCAGAUGAAAUGAGAUGACAGUUCAUGGCCAUGAUGACUGUCGGCGCCGCGCGGCACCUGGUAGGUCAAAAACUCAGCAGGUCGACCCUUGCUGACCUAAACUUGGGCCAGUGCCAGAACCAAGCAAGCCGCCACAUGCGAUCAAGAAGAGGGCGGGCCUUUCCUUCCCUUUUGAUCAUUGUUUUUUUUGGUCUCCUUCAGUGACCGCGGUGUGUACUCGGCUUGGGGCUGCCCUCCCGACAGCUUUGGAAAGGACUUCAAGGAAAUUUUGGUACAUUACCUCUAGCUGAGAAAUGUUGACCUUCGCUCAGUUUUCGAGCAACA